AUGCUGACUGUUCUUGAGAAUAGCCAAGUAUCUGCGCCUCCUGCCACCGUUGGCGACAGGAUUCUCCCGCUUACUUUCUUCGACACGAUUUGGCUUUCCCGCUACCCUGUCCACCAGGUUUUCUUUUAUGACUCAAUCCACUCUAAACAACAUUUCUUGGAAACAAUUGUCCCAAACCUCAAAAAUUCAUUAUCAAUCACUCUUCAACACUUCUUCCCAUUUGCUGGAAACAUAAUUCUAUUUCCUAAUACUGUUGAAAAAAAACCCGAAAUACGUCAUGUAGAGGGCGACUCUGUUGCAUUUACCAUUGCCGAGUGUACUCUUGAUUUCAAUGAUCUUAUAGGAAAUCAUACUCGUAAAUGUGACAUGUUUUAUCCACUUGUACCUAUAUUGGGACAUGCAAAACAAGGAUCCGACUACCUUAUCAUCCCAACUUUUUCAGCGCAAGUUACACUUUUUCCUAACUCCGGCUUCUCUAUUGGGAUCACCAACCACCACUCCCUUGCUGAUGCAAGCACAAGGUAUCAUUUCGUCAAGGCAUGGAGCUCGAUUGCUAAACAUGGUACAGAUGAGUUUCUCUUAGCUAGUGGAUCUUUACCUUUUUAUGAAAGAGUCAUUCAAUACCCGAGCUCCUUAGAUGAAGUCUCCUUAAAUAUACCCGGGACUCGAGCUAUUAAUAUGGAAUACCAGCCUCCUCAGCUUGUUAGCCCUACAGAUAAAGUCCGGGUCACCUUUGUCUUGACCCAAGCACGCAUCAAUGGGCUAAAGAACUGGUUAUCCACUCAACUGCCAAAACAGGAAUACGUAUCAUCUUUUUCGGUGGCAUGUGCUUAUAUGUGGCAUUGCAUAGCCAAAUCUUAUGUUCAUAUAGGAGAAAGGAAGGGAGAGGAUGACGUAGAAAGGAUUCUUUUUGGUGUGAAUUGGAGGUCUCGCUUGAAUCCACCGGUUCCUGAAACUUAUUUUGGUAACUGUGUAGGCGCAUCUUUCACAGCAAAAGUAAAAACCACAGUCUUAGCAGGCGACAAUGGAUUUGUUACUGCUGUUGAGUUAAUUCGAAAGACUUUAAGCGAAACACUAAAGAAGAAGAAUGGAGUGAUUGAAGAUGCGGAGAAGUUGAUUAAGUCGCUAUUUACGCCAGUGCGAGGGUUUAAUGUGUCAGGAUCACCGAAGAUAAAGUUCUAUGAUGUGGAUUUUGGAUGGGGUAAGCCGAAAAAACAUGAGACCAUAUCAAUCGAUUAUUUUAGUAUGAUUUCUGUUAAUGCUUCAAAAGAGUCGGAUGCUGAUAUUGAAAUUGGUGUGUCCCUUCCUGCAAUACAAAUGGAUGCGCUUCUUUCCAUCUUUAGCGAGGAAUUGGAUGCCACAUUUCAGUGA